AUGGCGCAAAAGAGAGUUCAUAUAAAAGAAGAAUUUUACUGCCUGAGCUGUUUUGAUCCACUGAAAUACCCGGUGACUAUUCCCUGUGGACACAACUUUUGUAUAAACUGCAUUAAAAGCCACUGGGGUGAAGAGGAGGAGAAAGGAAUCCACAGCUGUCCUCAGUGCAGGAAAACCUUCAACCCAGGUGCCUCAGAGAAAACCACACCUCUAACAGAUGUAGCGGAGCAGCUGAAGAUCGAACUCCAAGCUGCUCCUGCUGAUAACUGCUAUGCUGGAUCUGGAGAUGUGGCCUGUGAUUUCUGCACUGGGAGCAAAAUGAAAGCAAUCAGCUUCUGUUUUGUCUGUUCAGCCUUUUACUGUGAAGGACAUGUUCAUUCCCACAGUGAUGAUCCUCCUUUGAAGAGGAACAAGGUGCUAAAGCCAUCCAAGAACCUCCAGAAGAACAUCUGCUCUCAACAUGAUGAAGCAAUAGAUUUUUUCUGCCGUACUGAUCAGAAGUUCAUCUGUAGCCACUGCCUAAUGAAUGAACAUAGAGGCCACCACACAGUGUCAGCUACAACAGAAAGGAGUCAGAGGCAGAGAGAGCUGGAGGAGAUACAAGAAAAAAUCCAGCAGGGAAUCCAGGACAGAGAGGAAGAUGUGAAACUGCUGAAACUAGAGGUGGACUCUAUCAAUCACUCUGCUGAUAAAACAGUGGAGAACUGUGAGGUAAUUUUCUCUAAACUGAUCCGUCUCAUCCAGGAAAAAAGCUCUUAUGUGAAGCAGCAGAUCAGAUCCCAGCAGGAAACUGAACAAUCAGCUUCUGUUUNCUACCCCUCACUGUCAGCACUCAGUGAGUCUACACACUCAUCCAGCAUCAAUAUCCGUCCUCUGAGACACUUUGAGGAUGUGACAGCAGCUGUGUCAGAGCUCAGAGAUAAACUACAGGACAUUAUGAGAGACACAUGGAAAAACAUCUCACUGACAAUCACUGAGCAGAAGGCUUUACUGUCAGAACCAGAACCAGAACUGGAGCCAAACAGCAGAGAUGGAUUCUUAAAAUAUGCAUGUGAAAUCACAUUCGAUCCAAAGACAGCACAUGGGGAACUGUCUCUAUCAGAGGGGAACAGGAAGGUGACUUACAAUCUGAAUGUGUAUGGUUAUAGAAUCCGAGACAUUCCUAGCAGAUUUAACAAAUGUGAGCAGGUUCUGAGUAGAGAGGGUCUGACUGGACGUUGUUACUGGGAGGUGGAAUGGACGGACAGAUAUGUUACUGUUGCUGUUGCAUACAAUAGCAUUAGAAGAAAAGGUGAAGGGAAUCAGUGCAGAUUUGGGUACAAUGACAGAUCUUGGGCAUUAGAGUGUUCCCAAAAUAGAUUUCCAUCUAAUUAUUCAUUUUCACACAACAAUGUCACAACCUCUAUCUCAGGGCCAGUAUCCCCAACAAUAGGAGUGUACCUGGAUCACUCAGCAGGUAUUCUGUCCUUCUACAGCGUCUCUGAAACCAUGACUCUCCUCCACACAGUCCGGACCACAUUCACUCAGCCGCUGCAUGCUGGAGUUUUGCUGCACUUGUACCAAGACACUGCAGAAUUUUGUCAACUUAAAUAG